AUGAGCACGAAAAUUGAGCAGGCAUCUGCUGCUAUUCAGACUGCUGUAACAGCUACACCAUCAACAAGUGCAUCCAAGAGUUCUAUGUUUGUGAAAAAAACUGGAUUUGUAAUACCGAGAAACAAAUUAUCAGGUUCAUUGAUUCCUAUCUUCCGUGGGGGUAAAAAGCCAGGUGGUAGUGAGGUGGUGAAUGAAGAAAGUGCUAAACAGGUGCAGCGGAAAACUAAAUGGGGCCCUGAUCUGACACAGGAUGCUGCUGUUAGAAAGGGAAGAGCUUUAGCUUAUCAGACUCGGGUGGAUCAAAUUACACGAAAGCUAAACUCAGGAAAGUUGGAGAUGGCGGAAAAUUUAGCCUCACCAUCAGCAUCCCAGAUGAUGGAUUAUGAGUCUUCAGGUCAACAUAUUAGUAAUGAGGAGUCAGAACUAUUGGAACUCGAAAGGCGUGAAGCUAUUGGUGAAAUACUAGAGCUGAAUCCAAGUUAUAAGGCUCCUGCUGAUUAUAAACCUUUGUUUAAAGAGUCCAAAGUUCCAAUUCCUGUAAGCCAAAAUAGUAUUCUUGCAUGUCUGUUCACUGCCUUUUGUGUUCAAUUUUCUUGA